CUAUUCGUGCGUGACUGAAGAUCCAAUGUGUUUUUAACCUCGUUCAUUCUGGUACAUUCGCUCGUUAAGAUGUUAUUUUUCAACACGGGUUUCUCACUUUGAUCUGCACCCUUCGACGAGCAUUAUUAAUAGCACGUUUGGUUAUACCGUACGUAAACAUAAGAACAUUAUUCAAAAUGCGAAUAUGUGUGAGUGGUAUGCAGCGGAGUUUAUUGCCGGUCUAUCGUUACCGUGUCACAUGGAAUCGAACCUUCUACAACAAACUCCAACAUUCAUCCCAUAUCCCAACGGGAUUCGCCGUUGCCGUUGCCCGUAAAAAGGAAAGUCAACGAAUAUUCCUUGGAGAAACAACCACUCUUGGGCGAGUGGAACACACGCUGAGAUCACGUAUCCAGAUCCCCGGGUUUGUCGUUCGGGAGUUUUCAUCUUCCAACAAGUCCGGCGACAGAGACCCACCCACCAAUGAAAGUGAACCUGAACUAUCCGAAGAUUUUCCCACUGCUUUACCAGCAACCGUGGUUGUUCCCGAAGUCUGGCCACAGCUACCCGUCAUAGCGAUAAACAGAAAUCCUGUAUUUCCAAGAUUCAUCAAACUGAUCGAGUUAUCUAACCCUGUACUGAUAGACCUGAUACGCCGGAAGGUCAAGCUGAAUCAGCCGUACGUUGGGAUAUUUUUGAAGAGAAGUGAAGAAAAUGAGGCAGAAGUUGUUCAGAAUCUGGAUGAAGUUUACUCGGUUGGAACUUUUGCACAGAUACAUGAAGUACAGGACUUGGGCGACAGACUCAGGUUAGUCGUGAUGGCCCACAGACGUGUCAAGAUUACUGGUCAAAUUCUAGAAGACUUCUCAAGUAAACCACCCCAAGAGAUGAAACUGACGUUUCCCCUACUAAAUACCACAAUUAACGUCCCUGUAGAAGACACUAUGAGCAGUGGUAAGAAGAACCGUAGGGCAGCACAACGGAAAAAGAUUGAGGGUAAGUCGGUGAAUUCAGCUGACAAGCCAGAGCAGGUACUUAAAAAUGAUGAAAAAAUUACUGAAUCUACGGAAGCAAAAAUAUCGACGGAGGAAACACCUACUGAACCACAACCAUUGCUUAUGGUUGAAGUUGUCAAUGUUACGCAUGAAAAGUUCAGGCAAACCGAAGAAAUCAAGGCAUUGACCCAAGAAGUAAUAAAGACGAUCCGUGAUAUAAUCAGCAUGAAUCCAUUGUACAGAGAAUCGCUUCAACAGAUGUUGCAUCAGGGUCAAAGGGUUGUUGAUAAUCCCGUUUAUCUCAGUGACCUGGGAGCCGCGUUAACUGGAGCCGAUGCCCAAGAGUUGCAACAAGUUCUCGAAGAAGUGGACAUUCCAAAAAGGUUGAUGUUGUCUUUGGCACUGUUGAAAAAAGAAUAUGAGUUAAGUAAACUGCAGCAGAAGAUUGGUAGGGAGGUUGAGGAGAAGGUGAAGCAGCAGCACAGAAAGUACAUACUCCACGAACAGUUGAAAGUAAUAAAGAAAGAGUUGGGAUUGGAAAAAGAUGACAAAGAUGCGAUUGAGGAAAAGUACAGGGAACGGAUUAAACAGAAGGUUGUGCCGAAACCAGUUAUGGAUGUUUUAGACGAGGAACUGAAUAAACUGAGCUUUCUCGAAAGUCACAGUAGCGAAUUUAACGUCACGAGGAAUUAUCUAGAUUGGCUGACGUCAAUGCCUUGGGGGAUGACCAGCCCUGAAAAUCUAAAUCUUGAGCAAGCAGUAGAAAUCUUAGACCAAGACCACUAUGGUAUGGAGGACAUAAAGAAGAGAAUCCUCGAAUUCAUCGCUGUCAGUCAGUUGAAGGGUUCGACCCAAGGAAAGAUUCUUUGUUUCCAUGGGCCACCAGGUGUUGGAAAGACCUCCAUAGCAAGAUCUAUAGCUCGUGCUCUGAACAGGGAAUACUUCCGUUUCAGCGUCGGAGGUAUGACAGAUGUGGCAGAAAUCAAAGGACACAGGAGAACGUAUGUUGGAGCAAUGCCUGGAAAAAUAAUACAGUGUUUAAAGAAAACCAAGACGGAAAAUCCCCUUGUCCUCAUAGAUGAGGUGGACAAAAUCGGCAAGGGACAUCAAGGGGAUCCGGCUUCGGCUCUUCUGGAAAUGUUGGAUCCUGAACAAAAUGCAAAUUUCUUGGAUCAUUAUCUUGACGUACCAGUGGAUUUGUCAAAAGUCUUGUUCAUUUGCACCGCCAAUAUUCUAGAUACAAUUCCAGAGCCACUCAGAGAUAGAAUGGAGAUGAUCGACAUGUCAGGAUACGUUGCUGAGGAGAAAUUAGCAAUUGCAAAACAGUACUUGGUACCACAAGCAAUGCGGGACUCCGGUCUCUCUGCAACUCAGAUGAUCAUCGAAGACGAGGCUUUGAAUCUCUUGAUAAAAUCCUACUGUCGCGAGUCAGGGGUGAGAAAUUUACAGAAACACAUUGAGAAAGUUGCUCGCAAAGUGGCAUUCAAAGUCGUCAAAAAUGAAACGAAAAAGGUUGACUUGACCUGCGGAAACCUGCAAGAAUUUGUGGGAAAACCGGUCUACAACCAAGACAGAAUGUAUGCCGUUACACCGCCGGGUGUCGUAAUGGGAUUGGCUUGGACCGCCAUGGGUGGAUCUACUUUAUUUAUCGAGACUACGGUGAGGAAACCAGUCCUUGAUAAAAAACUAGAAGGCACGUUUGAAAUAACUGGUCAUCUAGGGGAUGUGAUGAAAGAAUCCACUAGGAUAGCGAUGACUGUUGCUAGAAACUUCAUAAGCAAGGAAGAUCAGACAAAUACAUUCCUCUACGAUGCGCAUCUGCACCUACAUGUACCAGAAGGUGCAACACCCAAGGAUGGACCCAGCGCUGGUGCAACUAUUGCUGUGGCUUUGGUCUCGCUUGCUAAAAAUCAAUCUAUCAGGCAAAACUUAGCGAUGACCGGCGAGUUGAGUCUUACAGGGAAGAUCCUUCCCGUUGGUGGCAUCAAGGAAAAGACAAUCGCGGCAAAACGAGUCGGCGUAACUUGCAUAAUCUUACCUGAAGAAAACAAAAAAGAUUUUGACGAUCUUCCCAAGUACAUAACAGAAGGUCUGGAGGUACAUUUUGCUUCAACGUUCGAUGAUGUUUAUAGAAUUUGCUUCCUUGAGGGAUCAAGUGAUCCGAUACACGCGAACUCCACGCUCAGCAUCCAAGCCUCACAAUCUGAAUCACCGAACAAAAUACAAAUGCCAUGUUGAUGAGGAAAAACUGCAUCAAUGAUCAUCUGCAUGCUACAAAUUUGAAUUGAUUCCCGAUAAGGAACAAGGGUUCAUGCACGGUUGAAAUAUUUCCUGUAGUUGGAAAAUCUCGCAACCGAAACGAGUAUUAAGUUGAGGUUCAAAUCAGUUAGUUUUCUCAAGCUUAUGACUUUCCAAACAAUUGUAAAUAUGUAAAGAGUUCUAAGUUUUGUGUUGGACGUAUAUGGUAUCAAUACACUUGAUUUCGAAUUUGUUAUCGGCAUUGGAUCAAUGUCAAUCAAGUAAUUCAUAGCUGUCUGGCCAUAUUAAGAGUCGGGUUUAAGAAAUUCAACUGUUGACAGACUAAAUGCGCCCACUCUCACCCUGAAACUCCUGUUCAAGUAAUCUUUGGUGGCGUCAUGUUAAGCCGACUACGAUCUAGCUUACUAGCAAUAGCAUCUAAGAAAAAACUUGUCUCUAUUUUCUAUUAUAAAAGAAUCUAAAAAAAAGAGUAAAGGUAAUUUGAUGUGAAAAUAUGGCGAUGUAUUUAUUUCAGCAUAAAGUCGUGCAAUAAAUCAUUUUAAAUACCAA